AUGGAGGCCGACAAUCCCAUGGACGAUGGUGACCCCAUGGAGUCCAACCGAGUGGAUGAUCAAGUUGCCAUCACCCUUGAUUCUGCGCGGGAUCAUGCAGUCAUGAUGGUGGGCGCGGUAGUUGGAGCCCACCUUGAACAUCCAAGCACACCACAGCAUGUUUAUUCUACAAGUGACACAGCCAACACAAAUUCCAAAGAACAUUUGAAGCCAAAACUUGGAUUGAUCUUUGAUACACUCAAAGAUGUGGAGGAAUUCUACAAGUUGUAUGCACAUGAAGUUGGUUUUUCUGUUCGUGUUGGUCAGCACAAGAAGAAGGGAAAUGAGGAAAUAUUAUUCAAGAGGUAUUAUUGUUCAAGGGAAGGGUACAGAAAGGAGAACGUAACAAACGUUAGUGAUGAAUCUGGGAGAAAAAGAAAGACACAUAAUGUGAUGGAAACCAGAUGUGGAUGUCAGGCACAUAUUGUUGUCAAGUUUGGCAGUGACCAGAAGUAUCAAAUAGUUUCAAUGGUUGAGGAGCACAGCCAUGGUUUUGUGUCACCAGAUAAAAGGCACUUGCUAAGAUCCAACCGUAGAGUCAGUGAGAGGGCUAAGAGUACGUUGUUCAAUUGUCAUAAGGCUAGCAUUGGCACCUCACAGGCAUAUCGACUUCUCCAUGUUAGUGAGGGUGGUUUUGAGAAUGUUGGGUGCACAAAGAGAGAUUUACAAAACUAUUACCGUGACCUCAGAACCAAAAUCAAGGAUGUAGAUGCACAAAUAUUUGUGGCACAACUUGAGCGAAAGAAGGAAGUUAAUCCUGCCUUCUUUUACGACUUUAUGGUGGAUUAA